AUGUCAAACGACGAAGAACUUCAAAAUAAGUCUAUUCUUAUUUUUGCUAAUAAACAAGAUUUACCUAAUGCAAUGUCACCGAAUGAGAUACAUGAGAAACUCAAUUUAACUAAACUUGAUGAACAUAUGAAAUGGUAUCUGCAACCAGCUUGUGCCAUUCGAGACGAAGGUAUUCGCGAAGGUUUAGAAUGGUUAGCAAAGUCUAUGGUUGAACAUGUUGAUCUAACUGAACCGAUCAAAGAGACAAUGACAGAUUUGACCAAAUGGAAAAAUCAAGCAAUGUCUCUAUGGAAGACCAUGAAUUUCAAAUCACUUUGGGAUACUUUUAGUCGAUUCUUUUAA